AUUCUUGAUAAGACCGGUGGUUGUAGCGCCCUCAUACGUACCACGUGGGCCAAUCUUUCUCUCUUUCACCGCCGCCAUUUUCGCCGCAUCGGUGGCAUCACACUGCAAACAUGCAGAUUUUUGUGAAGACAUUGACGGGUAAAACCAUCACCCUCGAGGUUGAGCCCAGCGACACCAUCGAGAAUGUCAAGGCCAAGAUCCAGGACAAGGAAGGCAUCCCGCCAGACCAGCAGAGGCUGAUCUUCGCCGGCAAGCAGCUGGAGGACGGCCGCACCCUCUCCGACUACAACAUCCAGAAGGAGUCCACGCUCCACCUGGUGCUGAGGCUGCGGGGCGGGGCCAAGAAGCGCAAGAAGAAGACCUACACCACGCCCAAGAAGAUCAAGCAUAAGAAGAAGAAGGUCAAGCUGGCUGUACUCAAAUACUACAAAGUUGACGCUAACGGCAAGAUCACUCGUCUGCGUCGCGAGUGCCCCAGCGAGGAGUGCGGCGCCGGUGUCUUCAUGGCCUCACACUUUGACCGGCAGUACUGCGGCAAGUGCUGCUUGACUUACGUCUUCAAGGACAAAUAGAUCCAACUGACUACGAUUCACUCCAAUGUACGCAUUAGACAGCCGAUCAGUGCACUAAUGUAAAAAACAAUCCCAACUAGUAUCAUGAACUGGAAUUGAGAAUCCACUUCACAUUUUCCUGUAAAUGUCGUAUAAAACUAAACCUCAACCCUUCAAACUACUGGAUCUAGUAAAUGUAAUCAAAUCAGUUAUGCGAGAUCAGUCCGUGUGUAAAAUUUGUGGUUUUGGCAAGGAUUGACAAUAAAACUGACACAAGCUUGUGUCGAGUUAUACAGAGAA